UGGUCUCCAACUUCAAUUCUGGAGCUGUAUAUUCUAAACUAAUAUCCUAUCCCAUAUACUCACAGAACCUUCUUUGUUUAACAAAAGUCGACUUUCAUCCUUUGAGCGGCCAACGUUCGCUUUGUUGUACUCGCCCACAACAAACACCCGUUCACCAACAAUACCGCCCGGCAAGAUGCCUGGGAUGGCGGCAACAGAGCCGCCCUCAGUCACACUCUCAUUUGCGAACAAUUUCUGGGGCAAAGAUGACGCCGGCGUCGGCCCCAUGCUCGAUCGAUUGCACAAUGCAAAAGUCACAUCAGAUGAGCUGAGGUCGUUUUACGCAGCCCGAGGGGCCAUUGAGGAGGAAUAUGCUCGGAAACUCCUAAAUCUUUCACGCAAAUCGCUCGGUUCCUCAGAGUCCGGUACACUACGUCUCUCGCUCGACAUCGUCAAACAGGAGGUCGAAGCCAUGGGCAAGGCGCAUCAGAGCAUUGCCCAACAAAUGAAGACUGAAUUGGAGGAGCCACUGACUGCAUUUGCCGGGGGAAUGAGGGAGAGAAGAAAGAUUGUACAGAACGGCAUCGAAAAGCUCUUGAAAAUCAAGAUGCAACAAACAUCCGCUGUGAAUAAAUCAAGAGAUCGGUAUGAGCAGGAUUGCUUAAAGAUCAAGGGUUUUCUAGCCCAGGCACACAUGGUCAUGGGCCACGAGGAGCGCAAGAAUAAGGCAAGGCUAGAGAAGACCCAGAUUCAGCUUUCAACAACGAGCAACGAGUAUGAGGCCGCCGUGAAGGUCCUGGAAGAGACCACUGGAAGAUGGAACCGGGACUGGAAAGCUGCUUGUGACAAAUUUCAAGACCUUGAAGAAGAGCGCCUUGAUUAUACAAAGAGUAGUCUGUGGACAUUCGCCAAUAUCGCAUCCACGGUUUGUGUGAGCGAUGAUGCAUCUUGCGAGAAGAUACGCCUCUCGUUAGAGGAUUGCGAAGUGGAAAAGGACAUCAUGGCCUUCAUUCAGGACAAUGGCACAGGGCAGGAAAUUCCUGAUCCACCGAAAUUCAUCAACUUCUGCCGAGGAGACACGGAUACCGCCUCAGAGCCAUCUGAAGAUGGCAAUUACUCCGUUGCUCAAUUCCAAAGGACAAUGAAUCCAGCAUACAGAGCCUCAUCCCCGCAGCCGUCAAUGUUCGAAUCUCACCAUGAUCCCAAUAACCCGCUAGCCAAGGAGAUGGGUCUUGGAGGAUCGCAGCCUAUACCACAAGAUCAGAUCGACAUGCAGCCUCGACGUAACCCCCAGACAGUGCCACAGGAUCGUAUUGAGAGCCAGCCACGACGAAAUACUCAGUCUGUGCCCCAGGACCAUAUCGAUGUCCAGCCCAGACGGCACACCCAGCCAGAGCCAGAUCAGCGCGUAACGACAAUGCAGAAUGCUGCUCCCGCCCAGCAUGCGCCUAUGACACAGCAGCCACCAGCUCAAUCCAUGGCACCAGUACAAUCACCUCAAUCGACUUAUCCUCUAAGGAUCCAACCAGAUCCAAGACUGGUACAGGCUCAACAACAGGCCCGCCAGAAUUACCAGCAGAGCCAAGUGCCUCACAAUGACUACCCCAUGGAUGGCAUGACCCAGUAUUGCAGGAUUGGUCCUCCUUCGGAACGUAGUUCGAUCCCAAGUCCCGUUCGGCCAUCAAGCCGGGAUUCCCAGAGUGACUAUUCCAACCCAACUUCUUUGUCCAGUAUAGAACCACCAAGCGGGUCAGCAUCCCCAGGUAAACCCAUGGCACCAAUAGCCCCUAUAUCACCUCUGUCGCCAAUAUCACCUGCGCCGCAGCCACUAGAGGAGAAGCAAGAAGUUAAGAAGAAGACAAACUUCUUCCAAAAUCACAGCCCUUUCCGUAGGAAGAGCAAGCACGACAUCCAGCCGCCUCCUGCUUUGGCCACGCCCAACAGUAGGAACACGUGGGCACCCACUUCUAAGAGAGUAUCUAAUGAAGAUGCAAGUCCGACUCGACAAUACGGGCGAGACAAUCGUGGGGCUGUCCUUGGAGGAGCCCCUUCUGCAAGUCCAGAACCCGUGGAUCCUCGAGCCAAUUUCCAGCUGAACAUCGGGAACAACGUUUUUGAUGUUGCUUCGCCUGAUGCGAGAAAGAAAGAAAUUGCCAAGGACGACGAGCCAGAAGAUCUCGAUCCGAUUGCUCAAGCUCUUGCAGAACUCAAGGGUGUUACAAAAGACGCUUCGUUACGCGUUUCCGCAGACCGGUAUCAUGGUUUGGCCACUCCCCAGCCCCCAGGCACUCCAGCUGCUGGUGCUAAAACAUCAACAAGCACACCAACUCCUCUAACAAGUGCUGCUUUGAACACUGUCGCGCGGGCGACACCUCCACCCUCUUACGAGCAACCUCCAAUCUCUCGUCUCGGGGCUCCAAAACCUGCCCACACGGCGCGAGCCAUGCAGCAGACCACACAGAGCUACGUUAGCCAGAAAGCAAACAUGUUCAAUGGUGGAACGGUAGCUUCUCGACAAUCAGCUCGGACUACAACGCAGCAAGCUCCAAGCAGAGCAGUGUCUCCGGCACCUCUAAGGGCCAAGAGCCCACAACCAGGACAGUACCAGGCUCAGCCCGCGUCGCCAGCAGAAUACCGGUCAACUUCUCCGAACCCAUAUGCAGCAUCCAAUGUUGGUGGCAGGCAGCGUUCCCAUACGACAACUAGUCCAGUGAAGCCAAAUUAUGGCGCGCCCACAGGACGAGGCUCGUACUCAUCUACCCGAGGCGAAUCGCCAAGUUAUGCCCCUUCACAGCGUGCAGUAUCGCCUCAACCACAGGCCCAGCCACAACCCAAACCCCAAAUUCAACCUCAAGUUCGACCUCAAUCUCAAGCUCAACCUCGACCUCAGUCCCAAGCUCAACCUCGACCGCAAUCCCAGGCUCAACCUCGGCCACAGCCUCAAGCUCAACCCAGAACUCAACCUCAAGCUACUCAACCCAGGCCACAGCCUCAAGCUGCUCAACCUAGGGCACAACCGCAAGCUACCCAGCCGCGACCACAAUUCCAGGCUCAACCCCGAGCUCAAGCACCAUCUCAAUCUCAGCCGCAGCCGCAGCCGCAGACUCAACCACAGAGCCGUCCUCAACCUCAAAGUCAGCCUCAGCCACAAGCAUCACAGUCCUACGCCAGCACUCGACCCGGAUCUAGGAUGACUACCGGUCCGCCAUCUCGGGCUGUAAGUCCGAAUCCGUCAUUCCGCCAGUCUCAUGAUCGUCCAGGCAGCUCUAGGGGUAGCGAUAUGGCUAUCCAGCUUUCGCCAGGUCCUGGAAGUGAGCGAGGGGAAGGCAGUGUUUAUGGUGGCAGUCAACGCGGUCGACCGGGCACUAGUCACUCAGUCCGCCCUGGAACAAGUCAGUCGGUUCGGCCCGGUACUAGCCAGACACGCCCAAUGAGUUCCUACUACGGUGGUGGCGGGAGUGACCUUGGAUAUGGUGGUAGUGGCGGUGGUGAAGCUCAGAAUGGCUCAAGGGCCAGGAGCAAGAGCCUUGCAGAACCACGACAGUACACUAGAGAUGGACGGAUGAUUCUACAUUACUCUCGAGCAAUGUACAUGUAUGCAGCUCAGAUUCCAGAAGAACUGAGCUUUGCCAAGGGAGACAUCCUCGCCGUACUUCGCCUACAGGAUGACGGAUGGUGGGAAGCGGAAGUUGUGGGUAAGAACAGCCGCCCAGGACUCGUUCCCAGUAACUACCUUCAAAACUGUUAAAUGAUGGAGCCCAAUAUUCGCUUUCAAAUGUUCAUGUUUGGCUUAACGAUUACCCUCUUUUUGUUCAUCUAGUUUCGGCGUUGUGCUGUAUGGCGUGUCAGGGAUUUUUAUGCGGGCAUUUGGUGUCAGUACUCCAAUUCCUUUAGUAAGGGUGUGUGAAAAGGUAUAUCCUGGUGACACUUGGAGAUGUAUAAUAAGCUGAUCAACGAAAUUGUACAUGAUAUAACAAGACUAUCUACCAGG